CGUCGAAGUUUCUGGAAAAUGUGCGUUUUGCAAUCGACUUUUCUACAAAGUUCGUAAUCAUUUUCAGUCAGACAUUCGUCAAACGUCAUUCAUAGUUUUUUCGUGUGCUGCUGAGAUCGCUCGCAACGCGUGUUACAAGAAUCGAAACCUCGGAGUGCUUUUUGCAAUCAUCUGAAGUAUUUAGAAAAUUUUUGGAUUCAGACUCGGAAAUAAGAAUUCAAGAUGGUCAAGGAGACGACAUACUAUGAUAUCUUAGGUGUGAAAACCAACUGCACUAAUGAUGAACUAAAGAAAGCAUACAGAAAGUUGGCCUUAAAAUACCACCCAGACAAGAAUCCCAAUGAAGGCGAAAGGUUCAAACAGAUCUCCCAAGCGUAUGAAGUACUAUCUAAUCCGGAGAAGAGAAGAAUUUAUGACCAAGGGGGUGAGCAAGCACUAAAAGAAGGUGGGGUUGGUGCCAGCGGGUACUCGUCUCCUAUGGACUUAUUUGACAUGUUCUUCGGAGGAGGCUUUAGUGGCGGUCGCCGACGCGGACGUGAACGCAAGGGGAAGGAUGUUAUCCAUCAACUGUCCGUCACUCUUGAGGAAUUGUACAGAGGGGCUGUCCGUAAACUUGCUUUGCAGAAGAAUGUAAUUUGUGAGAAAUGUGAAGGGCGUGGUGGUAAGAAGGGAGCUGUCCAAACAUGCCCAACCUGCCGUGGUACAGGAAUGCAAGUCCAAAUCCAGCAAUUGGCUCCUGGCAUGAUCCAGCAGAUUCAAACUGUAUGCAGCGAAUGUAGAGGACAGCGUGAGAUCAUUGACCCCAAGGACCGCUGCAAAGUUUGCCAGGGCCGCAAGACAGUGCGUGACCGCAAGAUACUGGAAGUGCAUGUUGACAAAGGAAUGACUGAUGGCCAAAAAAUUGUGUUCAGCAGUGAGGGUGACCAGGAGCCAGAAUUGGAGCCUGGUGAUCUCAUUAUCGUUCUUGAUGAAAAAGAACAUGAGGUGUUCAAGCGUUCCGGCAAUGACCUAAUUAUUCGGUUAAAUAUUGAACUUGUGGAAGCACUUUGCGGCUUCCAAAAAGUGAUAAGAACUUUAGAUGACAGAGAUAUUGUUAUAACUGUUAUGCCUGGUGAGGUCACAAAACACGGUGAAGUCAAAUGUGUACUCAAUGAAGGCAUGCCCAUGUACAAAAAUCCAUUUGAAAAAGGUCAACUUAUUAUACAAUUCUUAGUUAAUUUCCCUAAUCGCAUUCCACCUGAAGUCAUUCCUGCAUUGGAGAACUGCCUACCGCCGCGUCCUAGGGUGGAGAUCCCCGAACUGGCCGAAGAGUGCACGCUGAUGGAUCUCGACCCGGAGCAGGAGAACCGGCGGCGGCGCGCGCACCACGGCCCGGCCUACGAGGAGGACGACGAGCACCCCGGCAUGAACCGCGUGCAGUGCGCCACCAGCUAGGUCGACCUGGCGACCGUUGUGCCGGGGACCACACCGCAUCCGUACUGGACGUCUUUCUUGCAAAUUUAUCCCAUUGGCGUACAAUGUUAAUCUGCUAGGCAACAGUCUGUGUCCUUUGCUUUCAUUACUCAAAAAUACUUAAGGUUCGAGUCCUCGCUAGGUUCUAUCCUACUAAGGGCUGACUUUUAUAUCGUCAGAUACCUCUUAUCUGAAGAAUAAACUUUCCAUUUUGACAUAUUUCCCAUACUGAAACUGUCAAUGUGCCUUAGUUAUUCUUCAGUUAAAAGUUGUCUGACGAUUGUAAAUCUGCCCUAAAAUUCCUAUAACUCACAAUUCCUAUCCGCUAAAAGAAUUAGCGCGUUACGUGUGCAGAAUUAUUUGGCGAGCGAAAAGGCAGGCUAUAGUUAGAUCAUAAUGUGUCAAGUUGGACCGAAUCCCGCGAGCAAAGAUUUCUACGACGCUAUUUCUAGGCGGGACUUAAUUUGGUACUUAAUAAAGAUGUCCAGUAGUUUGAUGCAGUGUUUGUCCUUGGGUGAAGUCACUGGCGACCGCGUGCUCGUCCCGGACUCGCGACCGCGGGUCGACCGGACCACCACAUGCCGAUGGACCUCGCAUUUCAUCUAUCGCGACACGAAUCUAGUAUUACUUAUAAUAAUCGAGAGUGUUAAAGUGAUUAUUUAGGAUAGUUUGCCUUAUGUUCUUAUGUAUGUUUUAGAUAAAUAUAUCUGACAGUUCUUUAGACCUACCAGAAUGAUAAAAUGAAUUUGUAGUGUAUCACAGUGUAUGAGUAAGUUGUGUAUUUAUAGGGCAUACAAUAUUUAACUUCACAAAUUAAUGUUGCUAUUGUAGUUUUUGUUUUAGUAUUGGCAUUUAUUUUAUGCUCUCGUGUUUGUAUUAGGUAUCCAUGUAUAGUUCAAAAUUUUACAGCAUUUGAUUAUUAAUAAUGUUUUUCUUAGCAGAAUGCAUUGCGCGUGGGCAGGGUUGAAUAUUUUAUUGAUUAGGCUACAUGUAUUUAGAUAAGUUAGUCUAUAACAUAAAUGUUAUGUAUAUGUAUGCAUAAGAGAAAAUCGUAAUGGUAAUAGGUGCAAUACCUAAUUAACCUAAAUUAGUAAUACUGCUUUAGACGAACUUCUUGUUCAACACUAAGGUCCAUCGGCGUGCCGUUAGACAACAUAAAGUAAUAAUCGUUUCUGUGAUUUUUAACUAUUUUAUUUAGUUGAAUUUGCGCUUUUAAAUUAUCUUAAAUCUCAUACUUCCUAAUGGUAUAACCUAGUUACAAAUUUAGCUUGACCAAAUUCAUUUGAAUAGUAGAAACCUUGUUCAACUAUCUGUAAAUUAUGCAUCAUCAACAGAAGUCAUGUGUGAUUAUACCGUUUGUCAUGUUAAAAUGGUUAGUACAUUCCUCUUUCAAUCUGUGGUUUGGCUGACCAUAUUAAAGGCAAAGGUUUUGAUUGAUUUUACAUUUUUAUAUAUUUUUGUAAUUUAAUAUUUCCGUAAUUCCAUAUAUCCUGUGAUGGUUGUCUGUGUAUUAGGUACCUGUGUUUUUCUAUUUAUUCUAUUCUUACCACCAUCACGCAAGCCAAACCCAUUUUGAUGGAGGGAACUGACAACAAUGGUUCAUCUUGAAUCUGUACAUCCCUCAUUAUUUCAAUAAAUAAAACCUUUUCUCAUGUAAA